AGAUCACUCCUACCAUUACGCUUACUAAAUAAAAUAAUAAAAUGACCCAAACAAUGCAAUUAGGGAGGAAUAAAUUUGCGAACCGUUACACACUGUUUUUAGCAACAAUAAUUAUAACUGUAUAUCCUCCUUCGACUUUUCCUGCUAUUAAGCACCACCAUUGAUGAACAACAACAAUUAGGGUUUUGCAAAUUCGUGUAUCAAAACAAUGGAAGAAGCUAAAGCGCUGGCGCAACAACAGCUAUUGAUGCAGCAACAACAACAACAGCAACAACAGUUAAUCCUAUUGCAACAAUUCCAACGCCAGAAACAGCAGCAACAACAAGAUGCUAUGGCUCGAUUUCCUUCUAACAUUGAUGUUCAUCUCCGUCCUCAGCAGCUCCUUCAUCGUCCAAUUAACCCGAAUACUAACCUAAACCCUAACCCUAACCCUAACCCGAGUUCGAGUUCGAGUAAUAACCCGUCGGGUCAGAUCGGGAAUCAGCAGAGCUCGGGAACUGCUCAACAGCAACAGCAACAGCAGCAGCAGAAGAUGAACCGGGUUGCCCCGGAAACUAAUCGAAUCGAGCUACAGAUGGCUUAUCAGGACGCCUGGCGAGUUUGUCAUCCUGAUUUUAAGCGUCCUUUUACUUCUCUUGAAGAUGCUUGCGAAAGGCUUCUGCCUUACCAUGUGGUAGCGGACUAUGAAGCAGAGGAGGAUGAUAAGAUCCUUGAUUCUGACACUACUGGCCAAAUGCUUUCUCGUUCACAACAGUGGGAUCACAACAUUGCUGUGAAAGUUUCAGAGUUCACUGCAACAUUUGAGAAACAAGUUCUCGCGUUUAAUAUAAUUUCCCGGAAGAGAGAUGUUGGAGACUUCCGGUCCGAGGAGAAACUCAUGUUAGAGCAGUUACUGUUGCAAGAAGAGAGGAGAAGCCUGCUUGAAUUGAGGCAAGAGAUGGAGUCGAGGCAAAAGAUGGGUCGAGAUACUCAGGAUCCUAAUUUGCAAAUGGCAGCUCUUGUUCAUGCAGAACAAGCUCGUGCCGAAUCACAGGCUCGUGCUGAGAUGAUGAACCGAGCACCAAUACGAGCUAGUGCACUUGGGCCUAGGGGGAGCAAUAUUCAAAUGGGUAAUGAUAUAGGUGAGCAUGGACAGGAAGUUAGCCCUGAUGAAAUGAUCAACGGUUGGGGCAACAAUGGACAUAAAGAUGAAAAGGAACCAUCUGAUGACUUUUUGAAUGAUGAAGAAACUGAUAAUGGAGAUAUAGGUACUCAGAGUGAGUGGCGUGGAGGUGGGGAGUUGGAUCUGAACACAAGAUGAAUCAUAGAACUUUCGGUGUUUGGCAUUUUCCAUGUGAAAAGUGAAUACUUGUGUCAAAGUUUAGCAUAUACUUUGGUGCAUUAUGUAACUGAUUCUACACUUGAAAGUUGGGAAAAGCUCACCAUUUAAGAUUAGGAUCAACAUAGGAUAGUUUUAUUGUGAGUACACUGGAAAUGAGUUAUGUUCAUCUUUCUGUGAUCUGCAAGAAAAAAAAUAUACCACCCCUGAUAUCCAGAUACACCAAAGCUGCAAUUUUGGUGAAAAUGGUAUGCCAGUGCAACCUUCUUCUCUGGCUAUAGCAGUCACAAAGACUUGUGUUCUACUAUAAAAAUUUGGCACAUCCGAUGAAGAAUUCCCAAUCCCCACUGAUUUUCACCCUUCCUGACUGUCAGUACUUGUCAAUAACGUAAUUAACCAGCUUGACAUCCCUGGUGCAAAGAAUGAUUUGACCUGCAGGUGAAUCUCUUUUUUUUUGAAGUUAAGUGAAUGAAAUGCAUCUUUGUUGGAGUAGGUUGUCAUGACUCGUGUGGUGUUUGUCUCUUCCAGUCUUUCUUCUUUCUUUAUGGAAUUUGAACUGCUGAAAGCUUUUUUCCCCGUACCUGCACAGACCAAAACUCUCUUUGCAGAUUCUUCUGUAUGAUUAUCAGCUUACCGAGGAUAUGACCCUUGAUAGAAAGGUGUGGAGGAUGCAGAUUAGGGUAGAGGGUUAGUGGGUAGGAGUGUGUCCUUACUAAUAGGGAAGUGUGCUUUGUUUAUCUAUGUAUCUGUAGUCAUAGCGUUGCAUGUGUCUUAUAGUUUCUUGUUCGUGGUGUUUUGGUGAUGUUUGUGAUUUCGGAUAGAUAGUUCAUAGUAUUACUUUAUGGGUGUUUUGUUUUUUUAUUAUCUAGUGGUGUGUUACCCCA